UAAGGAUGGACUCAUUAUCCUACUAACCAGGACAGUGGAGAGGAAGCUUGUUGCUCUCCAUGGUGCCUUCAUAAGAGGUCACAGUCACUUUACAUAUAGCUGUGAGACCAGUUUGGCUUUCCCAGAGGAUAAAAACCGACAUUGUUAUCAACUUCCCUUUUCAGAUCCUCACUGCACAUACGAGAUCAUAAAGUGAUAAAAACUGUUGCAAAUAGUGUGGCAACUGUUAGAGUUGCCAACAGUCACCCUCAUUUUGUAUGUUUGUUGAUGAUGAUGUCCCUACUGGCUCUCAACUACAGGAAACUGCACAGUUUCCCCUGAUAAGUUUUUUUAUGCAGCCACUACUUCCUUAAACUUCCCCCCUUCCCACAUCUGGCCCUCCCUUUGUCCUUGUGCUCUUGCCCCUCCUUUAGUCAAGUAUCAACAAGCAACCUUUAGAAGUACACGCCCCUGCAAAGCCACACUUGUGUACAAGCUUACUGUACUAGUUAAGAUCAGCAGCUCAAAUGGAUCCACUUUGUGGGGCAGAUUUUUCUACAUACCUGCCCUCGUAGAGGAUUUGAAGAGCCACCAUGGGAAUGAGAAUGAGAGCUGUACUGCAGUCACAAAAGGAAAGAAGUUUGGGAUGGCUGUGAACACUGCUGCUGCAUUGGUAGUGAGAUUAAUAAGGAGUGGCUUAAUGCCUGUUUCUCAACAUUUGGAUUGUCAGAGAGCUUGUGCACACCUUCAUAUCUCCAAAAGCUGUCAUUCCUGUCUUAAUCUCUUGUAACUGCCAGCAACAAUGGACCUGACUUUGUGGCAGUACCAGUUCAGGAUCAUCAUGCUGGGCGAUUCAGCUGUGGGAAAGUCCUCCCUACUGAAACGCUACACAGAGGACUUGUUUAUGGAGUCCAUCAACGAGACAGUAGGUGUUGACUUCUACGUUCACUUCCUGGAGGUGGAACCGGGGAUCCGUGUAAAGCUGCAGUUCUGGGACACAGCAGGACAGGAAAGGUUCAGAUCAGUGACCCGCUCCUAUUACCGCAACUCAGUUGGAGGCAUGCUAGUGUUUGACAUCACCCAUCGAGCCUCCUUUGACCAUAUUAAAGACUGGCAUGCUGAGGUGUGCGAGCGAGUACAGCCACAUAAGGUUCUGUUCGUCCUGGUGGGUCAAAAGAAUGAUCGAGAUGCUCACAGGGAAAGGGCGGUGAGCCGAGAAGAGGCAGAGAAACUGGCCCAGCAGCUAGGAACGCCCUACGUGGAGGCAUCUGCAAAGUCUGGGCAACAUGUAAAGGAGUGCUUCGAGCUCCUCACUCGACGAAUCUACCAGGGACUAUUGAGUGGAGAGAUAGAGCUGCAAGAGGGCUGGGAUGGAGUCAAGUGCACUGUCCCACAGGCGCUACAGUUACAGCGAGCCAACAUGCCUCAGCCAAGAACAGCAACUAAGGACAAGAAAAAGUGUUGCGGUUAAACUGUGGACAUGUGGUGCCUAUCUAUGUGAACUCACGUGACUGUAAAAGCAAUAAAUAACUGUGAGCAGGUUGGAUCGGUGGUGGCAUUACUCUAAGGCACAAAAUCAUAAAACACCCUGGUAUGAAAAGUAUUUUUGCACAUUUUUUGUGAAGAUGAAUCUUUUAGAACUAUAAGAUGCUAGUAUUUUAUUUUGUGUUGGCUCUGUGAAAUAAAAUGGGGAAAUAGGUCAGUUUAGUGUUUCAUUUUUUUCUGUAACAGAUAUUUUUACACUUUUUGCUUUUUUGCCAUCAGCAGGUCAUGCGCUCGACUCCUGUUGUAUUGAUUAUCAUUUAAUGAGACCAAACUUUUCACUGUAAAGCCCAAUAACCUUUCAGAUCUUGAUAUAGCUUCACCAUUAGGUUAAAAUUUAAGUUUGCUCAAUGUCACUUGUAACACUGAGCUCAAAAUAUGCCUUACAAAGUACUCAAAGCUGCUAGUGAAGCUGUGGACUUUUAAUAGAAAAAUCUAUAUUCUGUAUUUAUAAGAGAAAUAUGGUAAUUCUCUCUUUAGUGAGAUGCCAGCUCCACAGCAUAUUACGCUAAUGGACUUAUGAGGUCAUGGCUAACCUCAGUUCAGCUGGGGCAGAGGCUGUAAUAUGACAAGUUGUUUGUUCUUUUCUCUAAUUUGUCUAAUGGGUGCUAAAGAUGUAAUUGUGUCAGAGUCACAAUUAUUCAAAAGUGAGAGAAGAAAUGAACAAAUCUAAAUUAUUGAUUUCUCUACCUCGAAACCCGUACACUGGUAAAGUGGUUCCACCGGCUUGAAGGUUGAGGAGGCGAGAUAGUCUGCACAGCUCAUGCCCACACAAAGACAUUACAAAAAGUGGUUUGCAAGCAGGUUUAUGACUUUGAAGGGUCAAAAGUGAUAGGAUUGGAGCCACUGCUCCACAAGGGUAUUCUGUAUUUUCUUUUCAAUUUCUAUAUUGUUUGUUCUGCCAGUAACUGGCAGUACUUGGUCCCUUGGUUCAGAUUACAAAUAUUGUCUUGAGCCUUCAUUUGUCUCUUCAGUUUUUCUUAUGAGCCUGAACAGUUGUCUUGUAACAUGACUAGUAAACAUCCUGCGAGGAACUGGUUGUCUGUAGGUGUUUCUGUGGAAAUUCAUUAAACUCUCAGGUGCAUACAUUAAAUUGGGGUUUUCCCCCAGUGUCUCUACAACUAAAACAAGGUCAUUAAAUGAUGGCUGGUAGCCAUCUGCUGUUUCUGAUAUCUUUCUUUAUCCUUGGUUGGCUGCAAGUAUGCAGGAAGUCCAUUUAAUCACAUCUGAGCCUUUGUGGUGUAUUAAUGUAAUACAUAGUGUGGCAAUUUCACAUCUACUAGGUAGCUGACUAAUAAAUGUGAAACAGCAUCUCAGAUAAUUAACAUAUCCAUGUAAUUUGACCAACUUAAGUCUGGCAAUACAUACACCAUACUCCAACCUUCCGAUUGGUAAUUUCAGUCAUUAAUUUCUUACAAUGACAAUUUCUUUCAUCUGAAGUUUUUCUUAUUUGGAUGCAAUUUUCCAAAGUAAACAAAAGAAAAAUUAAAAACCAAAACAAUAUGCUAAAAAAUGUGUUAAGGUUGGUGUAGUAGUUUACACCUGAAUUAACUACAAAAACCUAUAAAUAAGUAUAAUGAUAAUAAUUGCACAAAUUGAUUCAAUAAAAACAGAGGAGUCCCAAUCAGUCAUUUACUUUACUUGCAAUAUAUCUAAUCUAAUGAUAAAUCUCUAAUGAGAAAGGUAAAACCGAGUAUUUUAGGAAGGCACGUGAGUCAGGUAACACUGACAUCCAAGUAAUGAACGAUACCAAGAAAGUAUUUUUAUUGACAAAGAUGCAAUGGAGUUCUGCCAGGUUUAGCUUAAUGGCAACAAUACAGAAUCAAACAUACAAAGACCACUAUUGUGCAAUGACUCUGGCAAAACACAUAAAACUUACAGAGCUAUGACAAUGAAACAUUAAUGUCAAGAAAAAUACAUCCACCAAUACCACCUCUCUAUUUUAGUCAAAAGAAAAAUAAACAAACAAACAAAAAAACAUCCCAGUUGACAGUAAAAUAAAAGAGAAUGGGAAAAAAAAAAAAAAA